AUGUUCAAAGCCAUGAAUUCCAGAAAAUUACUCUCAGAUACACGGAGAACAUUUCCUGCUACUAAAGUACACUGCCAGCAGCCAUCGCGGAUUCUCAUUGUGGAUGUCACAUCACCUUCCUGGACCAACACUUGUUCUGUACUCUCUGAAGCUCUGGAAAACACACUCUGUUUGGCAUGCAGUUUGACGGGCCCCUGCCGUGUGCCCCUGCUGAGCCUCUAUGUGGUGCAGAACCAGCAGGAGUGUCUGCUUCCCUUCACGCAAGUGAAAGAAAACUUUGCACGAAUUCAAGCCUGCAUUUCGGAGCUCCGUUUGCUACCAAGAGAAGGCUCUUUCCCACAGGGGGGAUGUGGAGUUGUACAAGCUGUGCAGGAUGGAUUGCAACAGUUCAAACAAUACAGCAGACACACCACAGCAGGAGGCUCAACAAAUAGUUCUGUUGAGAUCACAAUUUUGACUAGCCAGUCCAGCAAAGAAAUGGUAAAGCAGCUGGAAAAGAAGUUAAAAGAUGUGGACCUUGUGAGUCUGCGAAGAAUACAAGUCAUUGAGGUUUUGAAGAGAGACUUUCUGGAGCCUGAGGAUGUGGAACAGUGCAUGCCAGCAGAAGAGACCAGCAACAAUGACAUUGCAAUCCUGGGAAUGGACAUCGAUGUGCAAACCAUAGAGGACAAUGUCAUCAGCUUGGAGAUGCUGUUUAAAACAUGGCUACAUGACUAUGGCACAGAGAGAGAACACCUCCAUCUCCUCCUUCCAUCAGGAGGCUUCAGCCAUGCCACUGCACCCAAGACCACCCUAAUGUGCCUGAAGUGCGAUUUGCAGGAGAGAUUGCUCGACCCAGCUCUACUUUCUGGGACGGCUGAUGGCACUGUGAGAGCAGCAGAUUUGAAUUCACCCUGCCAGAUGGCAGCCUGGCCAGCUACAGUGCUGUAUAAACUCCGGGUUGUAAAGGCUCUGAAGUCUGAAGGGGUCUGUGAGUCUGUACUGUAUGGCCUGCCCUUCAUCAUCAAGCCCACAAGCUGCUGGCAGCUAGACUGGGAUGAACUGGAGAUAAACCAGCACAGCUUCCAUGCUCUAUGUCAUAGUCUUCUGAAAAGGAAGUGGAUGCUUUUGGCCAAACGUGAGCCACAGAACGCUAGUCCAAACUGGAAUAUCGUGGUGCAUUCCUACUACAUCAUUGUCCCUUCCGACUCUGCCACCCUACUUGUCAAAGCAGUCGCCAUCAGAGAGCUCUUGCUGCCUUCGACCUUCCCAGCCCUCCUUGCUGAACACCCUGAGAGAGUGCAUGGCCCUAUAGAGAGUGCCCUGAACAGCUUGGAAGUGGAAGUUGCUUAUAACCCCUUGCACCUAAAAAGCAACCUCUACAAAUACCUGAAGAGUGUGUUGUACAAACCUCUGCACAGGCAGCAGGCCCAGCCCAGGGACCAGCGACCAGAGCGGCAUCAACCCAAGCAGCAUCAGAGCAGAGCCAAAGCCACGGUGGCACCCCUUCUGAUGGCUCCUUCUCCUGUCCAAGCGUUCAGACCAGCAGCAGCGAGGAGAGAUUCCUGUGAGCGCUCCCUCCUCCCCAAAGAGUAUGACGAGUUCCUGCAGUGA